AGACGACCGUCAAACAAAUCGAAGAUGCUUUCAAAGAGUUCACUACAAGGGAGGAUAUUGCAAUAGUGAUGAUCAGUCAAUAUGUUGCAAACAUGAUUAGGUUUCUGGUAGAUAGCUAUAACAAGCCAAUUCCUGCAAUAUUGGAGAUUCCAUCCAAGGAUCAUCCAUAUGACCCUGCUCAUGAUUCGAUUCUUUCGCGUGUAAAGAACCUGUUUUCUACCGAAUCGGUGGCGUCUGGGAGGCGUUAAAAAGGUAUUGUAACUUAUGUCCCAACUCUUUUCGAAGUCAUCCACCGUUAUGCUGCUCUUGGUGUUCCCUGCUUUCUGCCCUGAAUUUUAAUUUGUAAUGAUUCUAUUCAUAUCGAUCACUCGAAUAAAACUCGAAAAAUACAUGGCAACAGAGGAGCUUGUGGAUGUCUAAGCACCUUAGAAUGCCAUUGUUUUCUUGUACCUGAAUUACAUUUGAUACAGUGACUUGAGGCAUUGCAUCUGCAUGCAUCUAAAUGUGUUCUUGGUGCAUAUUUGGCAAAAACCAAUUGCCUCCAUGA